UAUUUAUCAAAUUCAGGAUAAAAUUAUGGUAUCCAACUAUCCAUAGUCCAUACAUUAUUCAUUAUAUCAUUGCAUUUGGUUCUUCUUCUUCCUUUGUCUCUAUCACCAUCUCUUCCUCCAUGCUCCUAUAACUUCAGUAAGUCAACUUCAAAAAAAAUUCAUGUUUUUAGCUCAAAUCGGUCAGGAGAAUGUCCCCCCAUUCAUAACAGAUGGGAUCAAAUCCCCCAACCCCCCUCCUCUCAAAAAUUGCUUUUAAUAUCCUGCUGUUUGAGUGCUAAUAGACUCGUAGCUCUUUUUCUUGUUUCCAUCAAUUUAACCCUUUCGAAUUUGAUUGCAUCUUGAAACUUUUGGUUGACUUGUCAAAAUUUCCUCACUCUUCGUGGCCGUAAAAUAAAGGUGAGCUAUGUAAAAGUUCGUUCUAGAGGUAGAGACCGUUUUCAUGAAGAUUUGGAAAUUAAUUGUGAAGAUGUCCUUGAUAUUGUUGAAAACCUUGGUUCUUCCGAUGGAAGUACAUUCAGUGGUGAUGUGGGCAUUGGAUGUGGUGGUGGAGGUGGAUGUGGAGGCAGAUGCGGAGGUGGAGGUGGAGGUGGAGGUGGGUCUUGAGGCAGGGACAACAAAAUAGAUUUUUUUUUUCUUUGGUAGCUAUAUAAUCAAAUUGAUGUACAGGAACAGGAUUGUUGGUUUAGUUUCGAAGACUCAUCUUUCAUUGACAUUUUUAUGGUAUUCAAUCUCAGUUCAAUAAAUCAAUCACUGAUUU